AUGAAGAAUAAAGUCAUUAAGAAGAAUAAUUAAAUAAUCAAACUGUUGUCAGAGUUGAAUCUCUAAAAUAAAUCCAAAUAUAAUUGUGAUAAACUUUUGCUAAUUCUAUAUAAUCCAUUAAAUAUAGAUAAUAAUAGUAAUAUAUUUUUCUUAAUUUAAGUAACUCUUAACAAUUAAAGAAUCUUAAGAAGAAGAAGUGACUAAAAGUCUACAAAAUCAAAGUGA